AGUCUUCGCGAACGGUUGUUGGUUUGACUAGUCGCUUUAUUAGAUAAUUCAACUUGAAACAGAAGAGAAUCUAGCUAAUCGUCGCGAUUCGCGUUCUGUUUAUUGAGUGUUGUUCGUCGUUCGUUCAUUUGUCGUGAUCUUGAGACAAGCACACAUUCCCAGACGACGGAUAUCUCGUUUGCAAUCUAGUUAUUGGCAACUUAGUCAGUAACCCGUGAUUUACUGUCAGCGUGAGUUGUGUGAUAAGUGUUACGUGAAAUCGGUUACCUUUUUUGAGGAGCGUCGUCAGCCCAUAUCGCGCUCUGGCUGGACUCCCCCGGCAGAAGUUGUUUGUCUGGCUGAUCUAAUACACGAGGGUGGAUCCCCAACAGUAGUUAUCCGUGAAGCACAACAAGUGUUUUCCGCGCAAAAAGGGAAUUUUCCUCGAGUGAAUGGUGAAUGCUCGAAGAGACCAAGCGAGUGGUUCCAUCUUUAUCGCAGUAGGCAGUUUUCCGUCUCAAGUCUAACAGGGUGGUGUGACCGUGCUCCUUCAAAUAAAAUUAGAAGAUAACCGCCAUCGGGCUUCUACCUUACAGAAUCAGUAUCAUCGCUUUGACAAGCCAAUCAACUCGCCGCGAGAGCAACAGAAACCCAUCCUCGUCAUCUUCGACCUAUCUAUCUAGCUAGCUUCUUCCUCUCGUUUGACGAACGGCGUCGCCAAGAUUUGAAAUAGAAAUUCAUUUCAGCAGAGCAGAGCAAAAUAGUUCCGAGGUGCAGUGUCCGCGAAGAAAAUCUGUCCGUCCCGGUAAAUUCGUCGUUCCACAACAGCGGGGUUUCGGUGCGGUCAAUUUGUAACAGUUUAAUUAAAAUAAGAGAGUGCAGUGCCAUACCUUGGUCUAGAGGCAACAAGUGCAACAUACUAAGAAUCCGUUACAGCAACGAAAUCGCCAAACCAAAACACACCGCCGAAAGUGAGAGGAGAGUGGUGUUGCAAAAAGAAGGUGUUGAGCUAUUUCUGUUGCGAAGAACCCCACAUAGACAGAUCGAGGAAGAUAACGCGUCAAUACAGCAUUAAAAAAACAACAACGCAAAACAAACCGAUAUAAACCGGCAGCAGCAGAAAAGUGAAGAGAAGAAAAAUCAAGACAACAAUGUUAUCGACGGCGGCCAGCCUCAGCAAGUUCUACAAUCGUAUGAGCAUCUUGAUAACUGUUUUCAUCACCGUAAACUUGGCAAAAAUCAGAGCGGAAAAUUGUGGCCAGGAGGAACUCGCCCGAUGUGCGGCGCCCUUCCAAGUGUUGCAGUCGUCCACCGAUCUGUCGAUAGCGACCAAAAAGGAGGAACUGGAUAAAAUAUGCCCUGACCUCAAACUCGGUCUGCAGUGUAUACGCAGCUACACCCGUCGAUGCAUGACCCUGGAGCAACGGAAUCGGUUCAACAAGCUGUACAACGGGACGCAUCAGUUCGUGCGGGAUCUGUGCCGCGAUGGUCCGUAUCAAAAUGAUUUCCUGUCCCACGCGCCAUGUUUGCAGCGCGUCAAACCGGACUACGAGGUGUGCGGCCGGAAGUACCACAACACGGUUUCCGUAAUCACGCAGCAACAUGAGCAGCACCAUCAUCAGCAUCAUCACCAGCACCAGAAUCGCCACGAACGGCACUAUCAGCACCAGGUGCAGGAUCAAUAUAACGGGAACCAUCACACGACGGCCGGCCGAAAUGCCGAAGAUGACGUGCGGACGUUGUGCUGCUCGUUCAUCGAGUAUCUGGAUUGCUCCGAGAGUGCGGCCCAAAAAACCUGCGGCAGGGAAACGGCCAAGUUUACCAGGGGAUUCCUGGAUAAGAUGUCGUCCACGUUGAUAAAUAUGUACUGCGAAGACUACUACCGGUCCAACAAAUGCCCGUCGAUGUACUCGUCAGCCGGUCAUCAUAGUGCGAAGCCCAGCAGCAGUGUUGCCAGCUUUCUGCUUCUACUGCUGACACCCUCGGUUGUUUCCUUACUGAACUCGGUUUUCCCCACAUUCAGCAUACUUCGGUUACGAUAAAAACUAGUGCUCAAAAUUCUCGUCGUUAAAACAUACAACCUAUCCACUCUCGAAACUAAUCCUGCAACUGCGUAACUCAAAACAAACAAGCUACACAAAGUUCAAUUUAGUUUAAUUCCUAGCUUUAAGAAAGAAAAAGGUAAAUUGAGAAUGAUUGAUAUUUAGGCAUGAAUAGAUCAAUUUUACGAAGCGCAAUGAUGCUCCUUUAUUUGAUAUACACACACACAUCACUGACUACAUAUAAUGUGACCAAAAGAAGCUAAAAGUCACCUAAAAUAGCUUGUCUCGAAACCAUAAAACAAAGAUAAGUCUGUCCCUGUCCAGUGUAAUAGUUUAAUCGUGGUUUUCAUUAGUUUAUGAUAUACGAGUACGACAUAGAUGAACAAGGUUAAUUUUUUUCAGUCUAGUAAAAUGUCGAUUUUAGAAAGAAAAAAAACGUUCACUAUCUGAUUCCAAUUCGAUGCGUAAAACUCACAACCGAGAGCACUCGCAAUUAGUAUUAAUUAUUUUAUUUAGUCGAAUUAGCCAGUGCGACCAGUUGAGUUUGAUUAGUUUUAUUUGUACAUAUUAUGCUAUCUACACUAGGUAGACUGUUACUAGACUUUUAAGUGCUCCAUCUCUCUCUAUCUCAAACAUUUGGACACUAGGCACUUGUUCCACUUGAUUGAUUUCUGGCCACAAAGAUGGGAAGUAAUUUAUUGUUAUCGUUAAACGGAAUCGUCUUCGUCAAUCGUUGGCAGACGCAUGAAUGAGAUCAAAUUUAGCUCAAGGUGCGAUAAAUUAAAAUAUUUUUUGCCACAUCCUCCCAUUGCUAUAGAUUUGUCUGACUUGUUUCUGCUGGAAAUGUAAUAGGUGUCAAUUAAUUUAUUUAAACAAAAAAACGAGAGAACUUUUAUUAGCUUAGAACCUUGAUUAAGAGAGCAGUUAAUAUAUAAAGCAUAGUUAGUGUUAAAUGGAAUUUUGCCUGAUAUUGAAACUGUUGGUCAAUGAUUGGAUUUCUCGAAGUACAGAGAGUGCUGUAAAUAUUUGUCAAUUUAGUCCAAACCGAAUUAGACAUAAUUUAUUAGUCUUACCACGAAUCACAGGAUAUUAUUAAUAACUAGAACACUAAGAAGAACUAAAACUAGCUUUAGGUAGGAUGAAAAGUCGCAAACUAUAAAAGAAAAAAAAAUAUAAACUGAACAAAAAAAAAGACAUGCCCAUUCCCUAGAAGAAACAAAGAAUGGAAACAGCAAACUAUAUAGUUCAAGCUCCCUUGUUAUGCAAAUGUAAAAUAAAGUAAGGAUGAUAGAUAAUCUGGUAGAGUUAUGUACACAACCUUAUACUAUUGAAAAAAAAACAUAUUCUAAGCAUCUCUACUUUGUAAAUGACAUCGCUACUCAAUUAGAAACUCUACCGAUGGAAACCAAAAAAUAGCUCGUAGUGCAACAAGCCAAUCAAUAAAACGUUUUAUUUUUUUAUUUGAAA